CGCGCAGACAAGAUGGAGGAACGCAGCAGCUGCGGCAGAACAAUGUUUAGACUCUGAAGAUUAUAACAAACGUCCGAGGGGGGAAACACACGCAGAUAGCGCCAACGGUGGAUAUGCACUGGAUAUGUGAGGUGGCCUUGCAUUGAAUUGGACCCCAUUGGCCCUUGUUACAGCAUUAUCAUCAGUGCGAUAAAUCUCUGAGCCUCCUUCACCAUGAGCAUGAUACAGGAUAAACUUGGAAAUGAGUUCCUCCGCUCCAAUGGUAGCAUGGAGCCAGUCUUCGGUCCAAGCAUGCUCAUGUUCAGCCACCUUCCCCCUGUUACCAGCUUCACCCGCCUGGCCAGUCAAACGGUAAUGGCUGAUCUGCAGCCCCAUGAGAUGAUUCUUAAGAAGGAGCGAGACUCACCGGACUGUGGCGGAGGGCUGAGUGCUGGAGGCGUGGGUGGUGGAGGUUGCAUCGGUGGGAUGAUGGGAGGUGUGGGUGAUUAUGUUCAUGCCAUGGGCAUUAAACAGGAGAAGAUUUCUGAACACGAUUACAGAUGGCCCCUCUACCCAGCUGGUGGAGUCGGAGCAGGAGUGCGAAGUGGAGGAGAAUUGCUGGAGGUGUCGCUGGGCAACCAUCAAAACCUGGUGGUGCAUGACCUUAGCCUGGGAAACCUGUCAGGACGGCUGGUAAAAGAAUCCUCGGGGAAGAAAGGUCAAAGGUCAAACUGCGAGGGACAGGAGGGCAAGACACGGAGGAAACGUGGAGAGUCGAAGUCUAUGAUGCUGGAUCCCGAUGGAGGCAGCUUGUCUCCAAACUCCAAACCGCACAUCUGUGAGCACUGCAGUGCAGCUUUCCGGAGCUCCUAUCAUUUACGCAGACACGUGCUUAUACACACAGGUGAGAGGCCUUUCCGCUGCACUCAGUGUAACAUGUGCUUCAUUCAGAAAUACCUCUUACAGAGACACGAGAAGAUUCACAGUGGAGAGAAGCCAUUCAGCUGUGAUCAGUGUAACAUGCGUUUCAUUCAAAAGUAUCACAUGGAAAGACACAAGAGAACACAUAGUGGAGAAAAGCCAUACAAGUGUGAUACCUGCCAACAGUAUUUUUCUAGAACGGACCGGUUGCUGAAGCACAAGCGGACAUGUGGAGAUGCCACAAAAAAGGGUGUGGAUGGGGCAGAGCAUGACUUGGGUAUGGCAGGUGAAGGAGACCAUGGUAGUUAUGGAAUCACUCAGGGAAACUUGGCCACACCUGGCCGCAAACGAGGCAAGUCAAAAAAUGCUGGAGACGUGGGUGAGCGCAAACGUAAGAAGUCAGCCGGGUCUGUGGGGGUAUCACACACUCAGGGGGUUGAGAGCUUUGCCCUUCAUGACUUCAGCUCAGUUGGCAACCAUGGGGUAUCAACGACAUCAUCUUCUACCCAGCCAGGUCCCAGCUUGCAAGGGGAACAUGGCCGGGCUCCCAAGAUGGUCUUCAAGAAGGGGAACAGGAAGUCCUUGGAGAAAACUACACACCCCUUGAAUCAAUCCAAGCCAGGGAGCCUGGAGUUACCAGGGGCAGUAGGCUUGGACACACUUGGGCUUCUUCCAGGGCCUUUGGUCAAAGUGGGCCCCAACAGCAGUAACUACGAUGAUGCCAUGCAGUUUUUGAAGAAGCGGCGUUACAUCCAUGCAGCGAACAAUGGAGGAGCAGGCUGUGGAGCACCAGACUAUGAUGUAGGUGUCAGUCAUCUGCAUUCGCAAACAACGGUCAUUCAGGGUGUUGUUUCUGGGGUUCUGGAUAGCGAUGCCGCACUGGUGCUCUUAGAUUCCUCUCCACUUGGAGAUAUCAAGCAUGACAAGUCUGGAAUCCCAGAUGAGGUUCUGCAGAGCUUGUUGGACCACUACGCUCACAAGCCCGAUGUGACUUUUGACAUCACAGAUGCCCAUCAUGUGGAGCUCCAGUCAUCUGCUACAGAUGCCCCAGACCCGCUGGGACCUAAUGAUAACGCCUCAAGUCCUAACAGUGGAGACAAAGCCGGGAUCAUGAAUGAGUACUCACGCUUUCUCUUACAGGCACUAGAGCGGACCAGUCACAAUGCUAGCUUCACAUUGGGCCCGAGUCCCAUAUCUGCCUCCAAUUCCACAGGACAAUUUCCUGGCCCUAGCCCACAUCUUGCAGACAAGCAUGUGUAUACUUCCUCACCUUUGGAGUACUCAUUCUCACAGCCUGUGUCCUCUACACCAUCCCUCUCCUCUGUGCCAAAGUCCCACUUUGGUCUAUUAGAGGGUGCAUCACCUCCACAGGGCUUCCACAUGAGUAGCCUGGAGCAGUCUGCACACACGCAACAGCAGCUCACACCUUCCCAGGAGCUCACGGAACAGCUGGACAAACAGCACACCUCCCCGCCGCCACCUCCGCACACCCCCAACAGCAACUCUUACCAGAUCACACCUCAACAUCCCGACCUGGGAAGUCAGAAGGAUCCACAAGGGCUGAAAAACGGAGCCACAGUUACGACUGGAGGGUUCUCCCUGGCCAGUUCGCAGGAUCUGGCAACCCUUGACCCAGCCAAGGCUUCUUAUCAGAUUGAAAACUUUGCCCAGGCUUUCGGGGCACAGUUUAAAGGGGGGCGAGUGCCCCUGGCCUUUAGUAGUGACUCAGGGGGAGAAGUUAAUCACCGCAUACAGACACCAGUCUCCGAAUUCUCAGGGUAUACCAGUCUCUUGGCUGAUGCCAGUGACCCAGUCAGCACUGGCUCCAAAACCCCAGCAAGCCAAAGCUACAGGUGAAUGGGCUCCUGUGCCUAGAUGCUCAGAUGGAGGUUCCCCAUUUUUGUUUUUUUGCCAUGCUGUCUUUAUUUUGUAUUGUUGUUGUUAUUAUUGUUAUUUUGUUCACCUAUUUUAAUGAAAUUGUAAUGUUUUUAAAUAAUGUUUUGUUUCUUAAUUAUUUUCACACUGCCAUUGUUCAUAUGAACACCCCCCCCCACACAAACACACACACACACUUUGGCCUGCUAUGCAUUUUCCUAAAAUCAUGUUUCUUAUUUCCUCAAAAGAGGAAAGGCAUCAGUUUUAUAUUUAGUAGACUUUUAGAUCUCUGUUAAUCAGUAGAUGGAUUUUUUUUUAAUGGAAAUAAGAGUAUCAAAGGUCUUUGUUCUGUUUGCUUCUCACCAGAAGACACUCACGUUUUAGCAACUGACUUUACAAGUGUGUAAAGAUAACUAUAAAAUGGCUAUGGCAGGGAGUCACCCAGAAUUUAUAUUCUCUGUUACAAUGAUUAAAGUAUUACUCAGGAAAAUGUGUAGAUGGCAAAUCUGUCAGAAGCGUAGCAGGCAUUCAUUGAAGAGGCUGACAUUUUGCAAAUACAAAGAUGCUUUUGUUUUUUGGAAUAUAGUUUUUUAUUCUUCUGAAUGAGUGCAACAAAAGACAAAACUGCUGCCUGCAAAAUUACACUGACACCACUUUCCACAUAGCUGUAUAGAGAUUACGGUACUUUUGUCAAUGUGAAAUGCACACAUUCUCUUUCAGUAAAGGCCAUAUAUAUAUAUAUAUAUAUGUAUGUGUGUGUAAAAUAACAAUCUUGAGACUGGCAAGUGACUUGAAGGGGGACAAAAACGGAUUGAGUUUGUGAAGGAAGGCCUGCAAUUGACAGCACAUUUCCUCACCCUUUCCUUUUUUUAUUCUUGGAUUGCGAAGCCAAGGGCUAUACACUAGAGGGCACUGCAUGCAUAUGCGUUGGUGUCUCUUGGCACAAGCCAGAUCAAAGUAUUCUGUGCCUGUCUGGCUUUCUCAUUCCUCUCUCCCUCCAUUCACUCCUCUCUUCCUCUUUCAGUAAGAAAUCCAUCUAGCACUUUUUUGAUCCUGUUUGUUUUUCAUGGUGAAUGAAUAUACCCAGUCUGAUCACACAGAAUGUGAACUGUGUGUUAUUGUUAUGCGGUUUCAAAAAGGGCAAUGUUUGGUCAGUGGGGACGGGAUACAGAUUAGGUGGGUGACAGAAAAGGGGCGGUAUUCAUUUUAGUAUGCAUAGAUUAUUUUGAAAAGACCAUUGGUAGCCUUUCUGAUGGCUUAGAUUUGAACGUGUUUGCUGAAAUGGAGGGUGGGCUUUCUUUCCUUGGGGUGGUAGUAUAGGGUAUCUUUUUAUAUUUUAUUCCCAGUUUCUCAUGAUGUAUCUAGUGCAGGUUAUAGAGAGGGAAUUGGCAGGGAAUGGAGGGUGUUACCUUGAUAUUUUGUUUCCCCCUAAAAGUAUGGAUUUAGGAAAAUGUGAUGUGUGUUAAAAUGGCCCUCAAAUGAAAUGAUUGUCAUGUUUUUUUAAAGCCUUUCAUCAGUCUUGCUCUUGCAGUAAUUUGCAUAGUAUUGGUCCUAAAUGUAAUGACUGAACAGUCCAAAAAUAAAUUUAGCCAAUUUACUGCAGUUUGCAUGCUGGGCAAGUAUUACCUUGAACUACAUUUUUAAAAGACAUUUUAUUUUGUACUGUACAAGUAUUAUUGUUAUUUCUUUUGGAUCGAUCAAUAACUGCAUUGUCUUCCAUUGGCAUUGUUGGCCGUUGUCACACUGUCUUUGAAUUACUGUCACCUAAUGUUGUUCAUGUUCUUCUGUUUUCAUUUGUACCUUUCUUUACCCAUCAAACCUUCAAAGGACAGAACCACAUGCUAGAUUGUUUGACCACAAGGCAGCAAUCUAAUAGGGAACAAAAGCUAACCACUAGGACAAGAUCAGGAAAGUUUGGGUACUCUGUUCACAAUAACGGUAGUAAUAAUCACAUUUAUGAUUAGUCUGAUGACUUGACUAAAAUGAAAUAUCACAACUUCUUUUAUACCUCAUAUCAGUGAUGACUCGAAGCAGGGAUAUCAGACCGAGAGAACUGUAUGUAGCAUGGCUGAUGCAGCUACCUUUUCAAGUAAUGCCUCAAAUAUUCACCCUGGCAAUAAACAGUUUUUUUUCCUCCUGGGAUUUCCUUUUUUCCCCUUCAUUGAUGGACUUCAAUAAACAAAGCUAAUUAAUUUGUGGAGUGCUGCCACUUAAUCCAUCCAGCACCAUUGGGAGGGACAUUGAUGUCUGGGCCAGGCGCACAAUGAUUUCUUAAAACAAGGUUCUUGCAGGGGUAAUUUUAAUUUCUUAAUAACUGCAAGGAGAACAAAUGGAGAUCCAAUGGUCUGUUUUCACUACAAAUAUUCCAGUCUCAUUUACUCAGCCUCUUGUUGUUCCAAACUCAUAACUUUAUUUCUUCCAUGGAAGAUGUUAGAAGAAUGACAUUGAAUGCAAAAAAUAGUAAAUGAAAGUGAAUGGUGGAUAAGAUUUAUUGCUUCUACAACAUAUCCUUGUGUUCCUUGGUAGAAAUAUAAGUAAAUGGGUUUGGAACAACACAAGGGUGUGUAAAGUGACAGAAUUAUCAUUUUUGGGUGAAGGUUUUUAUGAAAUAAUGUUUAAGCAGACUCAAUUGUUCUGCAUGUUAACCAUUCUCUGAAGUAAUGCUCUAUACCAGGUGGUUAUCGAUUUAUUCUUUUUUUAUGAUUUGAAGUGGGGCACAACUGGAAAAAGCUUUCUGGUUGACGGUGUAAAGCCUAAUGAUGUGCAGUCCCCUCAGAAACACUGUUAACUCUACAAUGAUAUCCUGUUUGGCUUGAACAUUGCCAGCCAUCAAUCUGUCAGUGGAUGCUACAAUAAGGUUCUCUCAAUGCUUUUUUUGUUUUUUUGCUGUAUAUUUCUUAAAGUAUUUAUUUUGUUUACAUGCAGUUAAUAACACUAACCCCCCACCCCAUGUUAUUUGCAUGUACGUUUUUAUACUGUUUUCUUUUGCCCCUCUUUCAUUUGUCACCAUGCCAAAUUUGUAGCAAAUGGUCUUCAGCUUUUCUCUCCUGUCUUAUUUUAUUGCAGAUACUUGUGAUCUGAUUCACAGGGCUAUACCUGUCCAUUUUGACUUUAUUAUUGAUAAGGAAAAAAAUAAAAAUGCUGAUAUCAGUUUGUUUAAAAUUAUGGAUUUAUUGAACAUUUCCAUUGUGAUGUCACAGAUGUGGAGAUCGCCAUA